UUUGCAGUGCCGUGAGCGAGUUACAGCGCUGUACCAUCCUUUUAGCUUUGUAGACACAGAGGAUAUGUAGGGUAAACAUGGGGAACUCUGUGAGCACCUGUAAGCCCCGCUGCCCGGAUUGCUGCCUGGAUUGCUGUCCGUGUUGCUGCCAAAUUAAGAAUGAGAAGCCGACCAUCAAACGUAAAACAUGCACCUCAAUCUACAACUACGCCUCUCGCACAACACUGGAUCUAGAACUGAAGAAAGGUGAUAUUCUAGAAAUUAUGGGAGAGAACGAGUACUGGCUUUACGUGAGGAGACGCACAGCAAAGGGUAAAGGCAUCAUUCAGGAAGAGGGCUAUGUGCCCAUAAAUUUUGUCAAACCUGUGGAUAGCUUGGAGGCCCAGCCAUGGUAUUUUGAGGACGUUAAGAGGCGCAUUCAGGCUAAGAGAUGUUUGAUGAGACCACAGAACAAUGAAGGCACGUUCCUCGUGUGGAAGUCAGAAGAGAACGAUCACUAUUACCUGUCAGUGAAGAACAGCCCCCAUGCACGACAUUACAAGAUCAAGCAGGGAGAACACAACAAGGACUUUUUCCUCAUUCAACACACGACUUUCAAGACCUUGCCCGAGUUGAUCGAAUUUUAUUCUAAAAGCCAGAACGGACUCUGUGUGAAGCUCAACCAACCCUGCGUGAAGCUGGAUCAGCCCACUCCCCCCACGCUUUCUUUUCAAUUAGAUCGAGAGAUCGACAAAAAAUCACUGACCAAAAUAAAGAAGCUAGGCAGCGGAGAAUUUGCAGAUGUGUGGCAGGGCAAAUGGAACGGGACAACGGAUGUGGCCAUCAAGGAAUUCAAGGAGGUCAGUCCAAAUAUCAGAACAGAGAUUGAAAUCAUGAUGAACCUGCGACACGAGCGUUUGCUGCAGCUUUACGCCAUCUGUACGACCGUUAAGCCCUUCUGUAUCGUCACAGAACUCAUGAACAACAGCAGCUUAAAGAAUUUUCUCAUGGAACACAGAGAGAAACAAGAUAUAGAGUUAUCUCUCAUGAUGGACUUCGCUAUCCAGAUCACAGAAGGAAUGAUUUACCUCGAAGAUAAAAUAGUUCACCGAGAUCUAAGAGCCGACAACAUUCUGCUGACCAACAUGCAGUCCUGCAAAAUAGCCGAUUUUGGCCUCGCCCAAUUUGUUCUCACAGGAAACCGCAGACUCUCAUCGGAUGACCGCGUCCCUGUGAAAUGGAUGGCUCCAGAGAUAUUCGAGGACGAGAACUACACAAGCAAGAGUGACGUCUGGUCUUUCGGGAUCCUGCUUACUGAAAUCGUCACGUAUGGAGAUGAGCCAUACCCUGGUCAGGACAAACUGACGUGUAUCCAAGGCAUUCAGAGAGGAAAGAGGAUGGCGCGACCGGCCGGCUGUCCUGAAGCACUUUAUGACAUUAUGCUGCAAUGCUGGAGGACAAAUCCUACGGAGAGACCCACGUUUACAGAGCUACAGGAGAAACUCGUGGCUCUCAUCCACGUUUUACAACUCGAGUGAACAUUAAUGAGACACUUUAAAAUAUAUCUUAUAUCUAACCAAUGUGCAUCCACUUACAGUAAAUAAAAGGAAAGUCCGUCCAAAAAUUAUCAAAUUCUUUCAUCAUUUAUUCACCCUCACAUCAUUACAAACCUGUAGAACACAAAAGAAGGUAUUUUGAAGAAUGUUGAAAACCAAACAACAUUCAACUGCAUUGAAUUCCAUUGCAUGACCACAAGCCCCCCCCAUCCCCCCCCCCCGAGACAUUUCUCAAAACAUCUUCUUUUGUGUUACACUGAAGAAAGUGUCACAUACAAGUUUUCAACCACAUGAAGGUGAAUAAAUGAUGACAAUGUUUGUGAUGAAUCUAACAAAAAACGUACUAGGUUUCGUAAAAUUUUACUCUGUUUAGACUGAGACAUUCAUCUCUUGAAGAAGCAUUAUAGUAUUAUAAACCGUGAAAAAAAUUUCAGGGAUUAUAUUAAGAUGAAAUUCAUAAAGCACAGUUUCUAUAUUCUCUGGAAAACAUGAUGUAUUCCAUUUCUGACUGAUGUAACCUGUGAGCAACGCUGCUAAACUUGUAUGAUCUUCUGCCCCGAACCUUCAUCUGAACGUUCGGUGGUCACAAUGUGAUACAUGUAAUGUUUUAUCAUGUGCAAUCUAUUAACUAAUGUAAAAGUCUUUUUACGCUCUAAAAAAAUCCUUGUAUUGUAUUCUUUAAAAUGUAAAUGUGGCAUUUUUAUUUCAAGCGACUUUUGUACAUUACAACAAUGUUUGACCAGCGUUAAAUAUUCCUCAGUCAUGUCACCAAGAACAAAUACUUGAACAUAUUCUGAUUCUGACAGGAACUUGUUGAUGAAUGUUUGACACCUGCAGGUGUGCUUUCAAACACAACGGGGCAGUACACCAAGAAUGAAGAGAAAGACAUUGUGUCGUCGAUGCUAAUCUAGAUUAAAUGUUAUGUUUAAAGUAUACACUGUUGU